CGCGAGCAUCCCGUUUCCCGGCUGCCUCCUCGCCCAGUAUAUAGCCGCCGCUCCGGUGCCACCCCAAAGCGCACGCAACACAGCCGGAACGAGCUCCUCCUCCUCCUCGUUCCGGCGGCAGAGAAAUAGACGGAGGAAUACGUCGGCCGGUCGAGAUGGCCAAGUACGUGGAGAUGCUGGACAUGGGCGUGCGCAUCGCCGCCAGGUUCCACUCCCACUGCCCGCAGACGGCGCGCAUGUACUACAAGCCGCCGCAGUCCGCCUCCACGUCGACGGGCGCCGCCGAGGCCGCGUCCACGGAUCGGAUGAAGGCGGCCGCCGGCUUUGACGGCGAGGGCGACGCGGCUGCUGGCUUCCGGCCCUUCGCCGCGGCGGGAGCUCUCGGCGCCGGCGUCCAGCCCCGGUUCGGAUUCGACACCGCGCAGGUCGUCAUCUACGAGGUCGUGUGAGUUGUGAGCCUCCGAGCAACGGGGGCGAGUUCUUCGGGGGAGAGGUCUCUUGGAUGGGAAUAGUUUUGCGGCCAAGGAAUUGAUUGGCUAUAACACCAUUCUUUAAUUAGUUUCUGUACAUGCUGCAAGAAUUGAUCAAUGAAAGAAUUUUUUGUUCUUACCUGCA